AUGGCUUCCUCUGGAAAACUCAUCCUCGUUACCGGUGCUAACGGCUUCAUUGCUACCCAUACCAUCACGACCCUACUGCGACAGGGCUACGCCGUACGAGGAGUUGUCCGCUCUCAAACCUCAGCCGACGCGGUGCUCAAGACCUUUUCUGAGUACUCGAACAAGCUCUCCGUUGUUGUGGUUCCUGAUAUGACUAUCUCGGGUGCUUUUGGCGAGGCCGUUCAGGGUGUCGAUGGUGUUCUGCACAUGGCUAGUCCUUUCUCGCUAAACAUCAAAGACAAUGAAACCGAGAUGCUCGUUCCAGCUAUCAAGGGAACUGAGGGCCUCUUGGAAUCUGUUGCCACGCAUGGUGUGAACGUCAAACGAGUUGUCCUUACAUCUUCCUUUGCCGCCAUGGUCGACUUGACCAAAGGGUCCUGGCCUGGCCAUGUGUACAACGAGCAUGACUGGAACGACGUCACCUAUGACUAUGCCAAAGCUGCCGACGGUGCUACUGCUUACGUCGCAUCCAAGGCCCUGGCAGAGAAGGCCGCUUGGAACUUCAUGAAGGAGCGAAAUCCAGGCUUUGACCUCACCGUUUUGUGCCCCCCGAUGGUCUUUGGCCCUCCCACACAUGCCGUGUCCUUCUCUGCACUGAACGUCACUGCCUGGGAUAUGAACCGCUUCAUCUCUGGCGAACUUGAAGAUGUUCCUGACACGACCUUCUGGGGCUUUGUUGAUGUCCGUGACCUUGCUCAGGCGCAUGUUCGGGCAUUGGAGAUCCCCGAGGCGGGUAAUGAGAGAUUCUUCAUUGUUGGUGGGCGGUACAGCUAUCAGCAAACGGCUGAUGUGCUGCGUUCUUCUCCCCGUAUUCCCGAGACCGACAAGAGAAAGGCUCCCAUUGGGCAGCCAGGACAAAACUACCCUGGUCCGAAUAUUUAUGAGGUCGACAACUCCAAGUCAAAGCACAUCUUGGGUAUCGAGUACCGCCCAUUCGAGGAGUGCGUCGUCGAUUCCGCCGUCAAGCUGAUUGAGUUGAGAGAAACGGCCUCGGCCUAG